GGACGCCGGGACACCGGGACACAUGGGUCUCUAGUGUGCAGAACGUGACCACAGGAAGGUCGGAGCGUCAUGUGCUGCGUACGUCAGCGCGUCCCGGUGGGCGUGGCGGCGGUGUUACGUUUCCGUGUGCGUUCUGCUGCUCGGUCCACCAGAGUGCUCCUGCUGGUUGUGGUCAGGGGUGAGCGGGGAAACAUGGCGUCCACGGCGGCUGGAAAGCAGCGGAUUCCCAAAGUGGCCAAGGUGAAAAAUAAAGCCCCAGCUGAGGUGCAGAUAACAGCCGAGCAGCUGCUGAGAGAAGCCAAGGAGAGAGAACUCGAGCUGCUUCCUCCUCCUCCUAAACAAAAGAUCACAGAUGAAGAGGAACUUAAUGACUACAAAUUAAGGAAAAGAAAGACCUUUGAAGAUAAUAUAAGAAAAAACAGAACUGUUAUUAGUAACUGGAUAAAGUAUGCACAAUGGGAGGAAAGUUUAAAAGAGGUUCAGAGGGCACGAUCUAUAUACGAGCGUGCAUUAGAUGUGGAUCACAGGAAUAUUACAUUAUGGCUAAAGUAUGCAGAGAUGGAGAUGAAGAAUCGCCAGAUUAAUCAUGCGCGGAACAUCUGGGAUCGUGCCGUUACCAUUCUUCCCAGAGCCAACCAGUUCUGGUAUAAAUACACCUACAUGGAGGAGCUACUGGGAAAUGUGGCAGGAACGAGGCAAGUGUUUGAACGCUGGAUGGAGUGGCAGCCUGAGGAACAAGCUUGGCAUUCUUAUAUCAACUUCGAGCUUCGGUACAAGGAGGUGGACAGAGCACGCUCUAUUUAUGAAAGAUUUGUCAUUGUACACCCGGAUGUGAAGAACUGGAUUAAGUAUGCUCGCUUUGAGGACAAGCAUGGCUACAUCGCUCAUGCGAGGAAGGUCUAUGAACGUGCUGUGGAGUUUUAUGGGGAGGAUCACAUGGACGAGAAUCUCUAUGUUGCAUUUGCCAAAUUUGAGGAGAAGCAAAAGGAAUCAGAAAGAGUGCGCGUCAUCUACAAAUACGCCUUAGACAGAAUCCCAAAGCAGCAAGCACAUGAUCUGUUCAAAAACUACACUAUUUUUGAAAAAAAGUACGGUGACCGGCGAGGUAUUGAAGAUAUAAUUGUGAACAAGAGGCGUUUUCAAUAUGAGGAAGAAGUCAAGGCCAAUCCCCAUAAUUAUGAUGCCUGGUUUGACUACUUACGAUUGGUGGAAAGUGACACAGAUGCAGACACUGUUCGGGAAGUGUAUGAACGAGCGAUCGCCAAUGUUCCACCCACAGAAGAGAAAAGACACUGGAAAAGAUAUAUAUACCUGUGGAUUAAUUAUGCUUUGUAUGAGGAAUUGGAGGCAAAGGAUCCAGAUAGAACCAGACAGGUGUAUCAGGCUUGCAUAGAGCUAAUACCUCACAAAAAGUUUACUUUUGCAAAAAUCUGGCUGAUGUAUGCACAAUUUGAAAUAAGACAAAAAAAUCUUCCUUUGGCUAGAAAAGCAUUGGGCACCUCCAUUGGCAAAUGUCCCAAACAUAAGCUAUUUAAAGGUUACAUAGAAUUGGAAUUGCAGCUUCGGGAAUUUGACAGAUGCAGAAAGCUAUAUGAAAAGUUCUUAGAAUUUGCCCCAGAAAACUGUACAACAUGGAUUAAAUUUGCAGAAUUGGAAACUAUUCUGGGUGACACGGAACGAGCUCGAGCUGUGUACGAGCUGGCUAUUGGACAGCCACGUCUUGAUAUGCCUGAAGUCCUCUGGAAAUCAUAUAUUGAUUUUGAAAUAGAACAAGAAGAGUUUGAGAAGACGAGAAAUCUGUACAGGAGACUUCUACAGAGAACUCAGCAUGUUAAGGUGUGGAUAAGCUUUGCACAGUUUGAACUGACUACAGGAAACGAGGACACGCUGGGUAAAUGCAGACAGCUCUAUGAGGAGGCAAAUAAGACUCUGAGGAACUGCGAGGAGAAAGAGGAGAGGUUGAUGUUGCUGGAGUCAUGGAGAAGCUUUGAGGAUGAGUUUGGGUCUGAUUCCAACCAAGAGAGGGUGGCUCAACUCAUGCCUGAGAGAGUCAAGAAAAGGAGAAAACUCCAAGCAGAGGAUGGGUCUGAUGCUGGAUGGGAGGAAUACUAUGACUACAUAUUCCCCGAAGAUGCUGCAAAUCAGCCCAAUCUUAAACUGCUUGCAAUGGCCAAACUCUGGAAGAAGCAGCAGAAAGAUGAUGAUGAGGAGGAGGAGGAGGAGGAGAAUGAUCAUGGACAAGAUCCUGGCAAAGAUAUGGACGAGAGUGCUUCCUGACGCACACAUUUGUAGUAUUGCUGUGUUCUGGUCGUUUUUUAUUGCCCUUUUAUAUUUCCUUGUACAUAUGUGACAGACUAGAUUCAUUUUGCUAUUAAACAACUGAAACGACCAUUUAUGUGGAAAUAAAACCUGUAAAUAAAUACUUCUACUAUUGAAAUGUAA